AACCAAGCGAAUGUAAGCCAAGAAAGCACACGCCACCGCCACAGCCACAGCCACCGUUGUCAACUCUGAAAGCAGGGUUAUUCUCAGUGAUCGAGCUUCGCUCAUUUCCUCUGAUUCUUCUUCACAAAACAUAAACAUGGGCCGCAACAACAAGACCGGCCGGAACAAAAACCACCACUCCCACAGGGGCCAAUCUAGCCGAACCCAUCAACUUCAACGGGAGGACGAGUCUCUGCCAUCUAAUCAAGUACCUGAAGAGGAGCCAGCAGGUCCGACAAUCCAACUUGCUAUGUGGGAUUUUGGGCAAUGCGAUGCAAAAAGGUGCACGGGACGGAAGCUUUCAAGAUUCGGCUUGUUAAAAGAGUUGCGUGUGAAUAAUGGUUUUGGGGGAAUUGUUUUAAGUCCAGUUGGUACACAAUGUGUCUCUAGAGAAGAUCAUAGCUUAAUGAAGAGGAAAGGAUUAGCUGUUGUGGAUUGCUCAUGGGCACGUUUGAGUGAUGUACCUUUCGUGAAGCUGCGUUGUGCUGCUCCUCGACUCUUACCAUGGCUGGUUGCAGCAAAUCCAGUAAAUUAUGGUAGACCAUGUCAACUAUCUUGCGUGGAGGCAUUAUCUGCAGCUCUAAUCAUUUGUGGGGAAGAGGAAACUGCAAAUCUGUUGCUUGGCAAGUUCAAAUGGGGCCAUGCUUUCCUAUCCCUCAACAGGGAACUUCUAAAGGCAUACUCUGAAUGUGAAAAUAGUGCUGAUAUUAUUUCGGUUCAAAAUUCUUGGCUUUCACAAGAAAGUCAGGUCCCAAAGGUUCUCCCAGAAGUGAAAGGAACAGACAUGGCAUCUCAUAGUGAGGAUGAGAACUCUUGCGAUUCUGAAGAUGGGCUUCCACCACUUGAAAGGAAUAUGAAUCAUAUGAACCUACAGGAAAGUGAUGAAGAAAGUGAGUAAAUGGUGAAGUGGUAUUUACAAAGGAACAGUAACAAAAAUACGCCCUGAAAAGGUGCCUAUGUGAGGAUUUGUACCAUGAUUUUGGCUUUUACUGUAUGUAGUUAGUCAUAAUACUGUUUAAAAAGAAAAUUUUAUGUAUCUCUAGGUUUAAGUUAUCUACUUUGUGCGUUUUAGUGUAGGUUGGUUUUCCUGUUUUUAGUUGUUAUAUCAACUUUCUUAUUUCAAAAAUGAUAUAAGUUACCUUUUCCUUUUUA